UUACGAGCGAGUGAAGGUAAGUGUAGAAGGAACUGACGGAAGUCGAUGUGAUCGGUUUGAAUAAUGAGGGUGGUGGGAGAAAUUGUCUUUGAGGGUGAAUUUUUCAUAUCGUUGUUAUGUAUCUUGAAGGAAAAUAAUUGAUUGGAGGAACUCAUUUGGGUACAGGAGACGUAUUUUAUUAUUCAUUAAGUGUUGAUUUAACGACGUAGUGAUCUUGGUUGAAACGAUUGCGAUUGCUAUCUUCGUGAGAGUGUCGAGUGAUUGCUGGGGGUCUGGUCGUUAAUAGAGAGUUGCGUCGUGGAUAACGUGAAUUUGAUUCGUAAAUAGUUGGGUCAGGGGGUGAUUAGUGAGUUAUUUUAUGAUCAUUGGAGCGAUUGGGAAGAAAAUAAUUGAAGCGAAAUAUGGUUCGGUGGAGGUAACUGUAGAGUAAAUUGAUGGAGCCGGAUGUGAUCGGUUUGAAUAACGAGGAUAAUGGGGAAAAAUUGUCUUUGGAGGUGCAUUUUUCAUAUCGCUUUAAGGUAUCUCGAAGGAAAAUAAUCGAUUGGUGGAGCUCGUUUGGUUACAUCAGACGUAUUUUAUUAUUCAUUAAAUCUCAAUUCAACGAUAUAAUGAUCUCUAUUGAAGCGAUUGCGAUUGUUAUCUUCAUGUGAAUAUCAACUGAUCUUUGGGAGUUCGGUCGUUAAUGCAACUUUACCACGAGAAUAGCAUGAGUUUGAUUCGAGAAAAGGGGGGGAGGGUGUCAGGAAGUGAUUACUGAGUUAUUUAAUGACCGCCCUGGACAUUAAAAAAAAUUGAAGUGAAUCACGGCUGAGUGGGGCCGACCGUAAGACAAAUUGAGGGGAGUCGAUGUGAUGGGUUUAAAUAAUGAGGGCAAUAGUAGAAAUUAUCGUCGGAGUUGCAUUUUUCAUAUCGUUUUUAUGUAUUCUAAAGGAAAAUAAUCGAUUGGAGGAGUUUCAUUCGUUCCAUCCACCGCAGUAUAUUAUUCACUGAAUCUCAGUUCCGCCAAAUCAUCAUUUCUGUACGAAACCCUCAACAUCAGACCAUUUUUAACAGCAAAAAAAUUUCAUAUACUUGUUUCUUUCGUUUUCAUGUGAACCACUUACACUCUGACAAUUUUUUUCUCAUCCCCCGAUAUCGUAAACUCCUUCAGUUAUCCCAGCAAUAUCGCAUCCAGCCCAGUUGAAGUUAAAAUUACCAUGCAAAAACAGCUGAGUUCACCACCUGACCAUACCCUUCACAUGAGAUUACAAAAUAGGAUAAUGCAUUCUCGUUUAAACUUCACUCAACCCCUCUCUCACCCCUAUUCCACCUACCUUCCACCCUCCUAGGAUUGUCGGAUCGAUUUGCUGCAUAAUUCAAUCUGAAAUUAAGGCGGGAGAGGGAGGAGUACUACUAGCUGGAGUAUACACCAAAUGUAAACCACGUUGAGGCUAUUCGUGGCUCGUUUAAAUGUAUUAUUCAGACCGUCCUUGACGGGGGGGGGGAGUGGACUCUAGGGGGUGUCAGAUCAGGUGGAGAAAUGGUGUGAGAUGACGAGUUGAAGGAGAAACAAGAGACGAAGUUAAUCGAGUUCCGAAUGAAGUUUGUUGGGGUAUAUCUGUCCUUCCGUUGUGUAUUUUCAUUAUUAAGUAAUUGCGGAAAGAUGUGAAGGAAACAUAAUUACUCAGAUGCCCAAUAAGGCACGGCCUCGUCGUGAGUGGUCACCAAAAUCCCCUAUAGAUGUUUUGUGGAUGCCCCGCUCUGCCAUGAGGCCGGCCGAGGGCGACACGUCAGACUGCAUUUUGGUAGUCGGUGUGUCACGUCCAAAAAUGGCCGCUGCAUUUCUAUCAGUUGCACUAGUAUCACUCUUCCUGACAUUUCACAUACUAUACGACAGUGCCAUCUACAGUCUUCAUGCUGCAACUGUUAUUGAAACAAUGGAUGAUAUUACAAAUGAUAUUGAUAAUCAUCAGCACGAACAAUUACCAACGAUUUUUAUAUCAAAUAAAGUACAUUUUUCACGUACUAAUAGACAUUUACCACAAGCUAUUAUCGUUGGUGUACGUAAAUGUGGUACACGAGCACUACUAGAGAUGUUAUUCCUCCAUCCUCAGAUACAAAAAGCAGCUGGUGAAGUGCAUUUCUUUGAUCGUGAUGAUAAUUAUGAAAAAGGGCUUGAGUGGUACAGAAAAAAAAUGCCGUACUCAUUCAAAGGACAGCUAACCAUCGAGAAGAGCCCUAGUUACUUCGUUACGCCUGAGGUACCGGAGCGCAUUCGUGCGAUGAAUUCAAGUGUCAAACUACUACUGAUCGUACGUGAACCAGUGACACGUGCGAUAUCAGACUAUACCCAGCUGCGUACACACGCUGCGGCAGCAGCAUCAACAGCAACAACGACAGUUGAGGGUAGUCAAAAGCCACCAUCACAACCGCAACGUAGUUUCGAGGAACUUGUCAUACGUCCGGAUGGCACUAUCAAUGAAUCAUAUCGUCCAAUAGCAAUAUCCCUUUAUCAUAAUUAUAUGCAUCGAUGGUUAGAAGUAUUUUCACGUGAACAAAUACUUGUUGUUAAUGGUGAUCAAUUGAUUGAAGAUCCUGUACCCCAGUUACGUAGAAUUGAGAAUUUUCUCGGUAUUGAACCUAAAAUUGGUAGACACAAUUUUUAUUUUAAUCACACUAAGGGCUUCUACUGUCUGAGAAAUGAAACAUCCGAAAAAUGUCUCAGAGAGAGUAAGGGUAGAAGGCAUCCACGUGUCAGUCCAAUAGUCGUUACUAAAUUGAGAAAAUUCUUUAAUGAACAUAAUCAGAAAUUCUAUGAACUUGUGGGUGAGGAUUUGGGAUGGCCAGAGGAGUAGGAAAUAUGAAGGAGAGAUGGAGGCUGGUGGAUCACAUUGGUCCUUGACUCGAUAGGAACUGACACAUAUCAUAGGAUUAAUAGUUGGAUAUUAAGAGAUUUAAUAUUUUUAUAAAAUCCACAUUGGAAGUUGUUAUAUAUCGUUAAUUGAUGUUUUUUUUAUGGCGUGAGUGAGGGAGAAUAUGAUCAUUCAAUUGAUGCAUUUAAUGCUUUAGCAGUUAAUGUUAAUUUUCAACUCAACCGUGUGAUUGAUUAUUGGACUAUUUUGUCAUAAUUAUCCACUGACACCCAAUUGCGAUUGUCGAUAGUAAAGGGCCAUCGAUUGUAUGUCAACUUACUGGUGAAGUGAAAUUGUCGUUGACCAGUGUUCGUCAAACAUCUUCCAUGUCUAACCACCGAUGGGCUCUGCCUACCGUUUGACAGAUACGUGUCGACAAAUUCUGUACACAAAGGAGUGAGCUUGACGCCUCCGAUAGUGACUACACUAGGGGGUUGACAAACAAACACCCCUGUGUUGAAGGAUUUCAUUUGUCGGCGCGCCAGAGAUUUACGUUGCUUUAUUUAUCAGACUUGGCAACUACUGCCCCCUACGUUCAAAAUUUUUUCGAAUGAUUAUCCACCUUCAAAACUCUUUAGAGAUACUGUAAUCAAAGCUUUUCUAAUGCACAAAUAAUUUCUACCCUCGUCAGUACCCAAGAUCUAAGUUAUUCACAUUUAAAAUCAACUGUUUUAAAGCCAAAUGCGUCAAUUGCAUGCUUGUACUUUUCAUGAAUAAAUUCUCGAUGAUAUUCUGUAUUCAAAAUGUUAACCUCGAAGGGGCUUCGCCCUUCAAAUGAAUUAACUAGAAACCCCUGGGUUGGAAUCUGUAACCAUUUCCAAACUAUACAGAUAUAGGUGAAUCUUCACAGACAGCUUUGAAUAUAUAGACUGUUAUUUCAACGUUACUAACGCCGUUGUAAUCUCACGAAUGAUAUUCGGAGGUUCUGUAUUUGAUCUUAGCUGUGGGAUUUAGUUAUCCAAUGCUCUGGGUGUCUUGUCAAACGUUGAUCGUUUGUCAUCUAUUAUACAUUCCACCAUCAACUCAUCCAUUAAUUAAGACAUUUUCAUUAUCGAUUUCCCGGGGGGAAUUAGUUUGACAAAAUAAAAAAAAUGAAUGAGGUCCGGGUAAUCUUCACUCAGCAUCUAUCCAUCAUGGUCAUCCCCUUUCAACCCUCAUUCCCUUUUCACCCUCAUCACGUUGAUUUCAACCUUCUGACUCACAUUCGGCUUUUUUUUUUAUCUCCCUUUUCUCUAAUCCCAUGAACACGCGGAUGCACUCUGGGCUUUUAACCUUGUACAUGUAUAGUAAACCACUCGGCACUUUGGGAAACUGCACAUGUGUGAAUAUGUGGUUACCCACAUCAGCAUAGUCUGAAGUGCUCUUUGGUAUUAUUAUUUAAUUAGCCAGGUAUGGAUUGAGGGAUUAAAUCCUUUUGUCUUGAGGUUGGGUUCGAUGAGAGGUUCAUUAUCUCGGGAAGUGAUGGGUGAAUAGUCAAUAGUUUGAUGUAUAUGUGAUCGGGUUAUAGAUAACCUUCGUACAUAGAUCAGAAAUACCUUAACAUGGCUUUAAAAAUGGUGGAAUAGUGGAAAUUGAGGAGUGGUGGGGAGGGGGGUUAAAGCCCUAAAUAUUUGGGGUCCGUCUGGGUAUAUUGAACUCGACAUAAGUUUUUCUUUUGAAUAAAAGAGUGGGGGACACGGGUUUGUAUGUGAAAUUGAUGAGGUGGGAGUAAGUUGUCGAGGCAAAAGUCGUAUUGAUGUCAGUAUAAUGGGCACUCCCCGAGAGUGGGAACUUAUUUGUAUCUCAUUAAUAUAAAUGCGGAGAUUAUGAGCGCAUGAAAAAUGUGAUCAUUCAUUAAUUUCGAUAUUCACUCAAUUUUUACCCUAAACCCAGUGAUGACUGAUUAAUCAACGAUCGAUAAAUGAAAAAUUGAAUGAUAAUCAUCAGAUGUCUGACCCAGAGUAGAUCUGCCAUUUAAUCCGAUGAAAAAAACCUAUGAAAUAUAUAUUCAUCUCCAAUUUCAUUCAACUCAUUUCGAUUUUCAUGAUACACAGUCUCUAUUCCCCAUGAGCAUUUGACGUCCAUCACUUGUGUCACAAAUUCCAUUCGAUCUGUCUUUCUCUUACACACGUAACCCUACAGGAGUCACAAUUCACCCCCGACAUAGGACCAAAGUUAUUCCUCACGACUAUGAUGAACGGUUGGGACAUGGUAAUAUCGAUUUUUACGUCGACGCUUGUUAACGGUGACAAAUUUAUCUUGUUGUGUAACACUUGUCUUUUUUCAUAUGUGAAGGUAGGGUCAAUGUUGAUUAAUUUGGAUAUGUCAAAUCUUGGCAUUUAUUGAUUUUCCCUCGUGUUUGCGUUCAUGAGACGUGAUCAAUUAUCGAACCAGUGGGUAGACAAAGGAUUGUCGGGGAAAGGGGUGAGGGGGUGGUAUGUUAAAUCAUGUUAUGGGUCAAAACUCUUACCAUUUGACCUAUAGAUUUUGCCCAAAUCUGUCAAUUCUCUCGAGUUAUUUUAACAUCAUUCAUUUUCUUCAAUCUAGAGCAUAAAAAUUUUAUGGUGAAUAAGAAAAAAUGGUAUCUCGGGGAGAGGGUGGGCUUGUACAAACGACCUGGUAGCAUCUACCUGGCACACUAUCGCAUCAUAGCCCAUUCUUCUUCGUUUCUUUUGUAUAUAUCCUUCUUCCUUCUCACUGGUGUUCACCUCGCGUGCAUCUUCGCCUCUUCACCACUUUUCUUUUUGCACCUUCACCCAUACACCUCCCCUACUCCUCCCUCUUCUCCCUCCUCGCCCCUCUAUUUCCCUGUCUUUUUAUUUCCAUUAUUCUUCGUUGUUUUCUUUCGUUUCUCCUCAACCGAGGCAACCUCGUGUUCUUUAUCCAACACUGGCAGCGAAGCGUCUUGGAAAACUGCGGCAAUAUCUUUACCUUCUGGGCUCGUAUUUAUACACACACCCAGACAAAUUACGUAAUCUUAAGGUACAGAAAAGUAUCAUUAAUGCUAGGCGAGUGAGGUGAUGAUGAAAAAAAAUAUCGAGGAUUUUAUUUUACGUUUGUGUCUCGCGCUUUGCUCAUGGUAUUCGUUUAUUUGCUUGGGGGAGAUUUCUGGGCAUCAAAAGUCGUUGAAGGUAUGAGCAAUAAGGAAUUUACGAUGUGAAAAAUUGAUAAAAAUAUCCCAAGACUGGAGAUAUUGAAUAUUCAGGGGGCAAAAUGAAGGAUAAAUUCGUGGAUAUUUGACUUCUCGAUGAGAAGUUACUGAAUCUUUUGAUCGUAUUUAUAGGUCACAGAGGGUUCAUUACUCACUCGCUUAUGAACUACCCUCUUUCCCCUACUCCUAUCUCCCAUUAACUGACGACUCCCCCAUUUCUUUUGUGCUCAAAUCCCUCAACAGUCGAGACUGAUAGAUUGCUUAGAAAAAAAUCCUAAGUUCCUAUUUAUUAACUUCAGCACAUGAAAAGUCAUUAACGCAGCACAAAAUCAAUAAUUUAUUACAUAAAAAAGGUCUGAAAAUAUUUUGAAACGUGAGAUAUUGAUUAUUCAAAACUGAAAUGAAAAAAUAAUAUGAAAAUUACCAAAAUUUGAUUUUCUCACUGAUGAAAUCACUCAAUCCAAUUGAUAAUAAACAGAAGAUUUAAUCUCACCCCAUGGCAAACAAUUCCCUUCCCAAAAACCAACAGCUCAUCGCUCCUAUUUCCUUUUCCCUCCAAAUUCUCUAACAGCCAAGACAUAGAUUAUUCAUAAAAAAAUCUAAAAUUCUUGUUUACGAAUUUCAGUGCCCAAAAGUCAUUACAAAUACAUGACAUUCAUCGUUUCCAAUCAGUAAAAUAUCCGAAAACCCCCUAAGACAUGAAAUAUAACCUAUUCAUACCCCAAAUUUAUGCGUAAACCGCGACAAUUUGACUUGUGCGACUCAUCCACUCAUUUAAUCAAAUUAAUAAUCCCCAUUACAUUGCCUUCUCACCCCGGCAUAAACAACCCCCUUCUUCAACCCCCUACAACCCCUCCUAUUUCCGUUAUCCUUAAAAUUCUCCAACGGCCGAAAUGCCUUCGGGGCGCCAUAAUUUCUCCCCAUCAUGUUCCAUAAAUCAAAUUGCGUGGAGCUUCUUUCACGCCAAAUAAAACACGAAGAUCCCCUUCGAUGCAUUCACGUCUCGAAUAAAACAGAAUAAAUCAUCGACAAAUGUAUGAAUGAUUGAAAUAAUAACGUCUAACAAAGUGUCAAGUAUAAAAGUUUUUGAAUAUUGAAUACGAUAUCGUGAAUAAUAAUAAUAAUAUGGAAAAUCAACUGCAUAUCAUAGAUCAUAAGAAAUAUUUAUUUCCUGUUUUACACCGGUGUUGCUGUUAUUUCUAUAUUUUAGUUUUACCUCGGAGCAUUCUCAUAUAGCUCAAAAUAAAAGAAUACGGAGAGGGAUGGGGGUGGUAUGAAGAAGAGAAUAAAAUCACCAAAGGAAAACCCAGAGGGUUGAAGUUUUCUCGGAACAGCUCAGUCAGAGGCAGAAGAAAACACAAGGUGUAUGGGGGGUGGGGUGGGGGGUGGAGGAGGGGAUGAAUGGGGAGAGGGUGGUAGGGGGUUACCUGUAUGUAUACAGUAUCUGUUCUGGUGUCCCACGAGAACACCAACUGAUUUAUUUAGCGUGCGAUGCCACCGGCGACAAUCACGAGUCCAGAGAGGGUGAAAAGAGUGAAAUUUCUUGAGUUUUUUUUUCAAGUUUUUUUCUCUUUUUCUAGUCUGGAGAAAGGUACGAGGUAAUGCUGGUGGAUAAUGUAGUACGUUGGGACUUUUAAUUUCUGGAAGUUGUUGAAAGUGCGACAAGAAGGGAGGAACAUUGAUUUUUUUGUUAGGGGAUGAUUGUUCAUUUUUAAUAUGGAAAAUUGGAUCAAUUGUAUUUGUUUCGUUGGGUGAGGGUGGAGAUCAUAGUUGGGGAGUUUAUGAUGGGGGUGGGUUAGGGGGCCAGUCGAUGGGUGGAUUUGAAUCCCCUCCUCCAAAUUUUUGAAAUCGGGGAUUUUUGCUUCCGAAUGGAAAAACACUGCGACUGUCGCAUCGAAAUUUUGAAUAUCUGUUAUCAGAAUUAGUGAUUUUGGGGGUGGGAUCAUGGAUCAUCCCCACCCCCAAAAUUGAUGUGAUAUUUUCAUCAAAAAUUGUUCAAUACUUUUGUGAAAAGGGGUUUUUAUCUCGUGGAGUUGAACCACUCGUCUUCGACUGGUUUUAGUAAUUUCCCAGGAGGUGAAAAACACUUUUACGCAGUCUUAAUAAUAUAAAAUGUUUUAAAAAGUUUGACUGGGGAUGUGAAUGUGAAAAUUAAAAUGAAUCCACUUGUGAUUUAGAAUAUUCUUAUCAUUGAUAUCUUGACUGAGCCCCAUCAUGAGUUUGAUCGCAUCAUUUACUGAUGAAAGAACAACAAAAAUCUUCUAGACCAACAGCCUGAGAUGUGCAAAAAAAAAUAACGUUGAAGCAACGUUGAAUGUCAAUGUUGGGACAGGGUUAGCUGUGAACCUUGCGGCAAUGCUGCCCGGCAACCCCAGGGCAAUGCUGAGUUUAAUGAUUCAUUGAGUUGAAUUGAAUGUAAAAUCCAUUCGGAAGCAAAUGGUCAAUAUAUUAGCAAAAUAUAUCCAUUAUAUUGUAAGGAAUUUUCCACUUGUUUUUGGUCUUAUGAGCACCAUCAAAAUAAUCAUUCAGGAAUGUAAAUGGUAAUGGGUGCUACGAAUGAGCGGAUGUGCUUGUACAAGAUUAAAUGAUUUUAUUCACUAAUCUAAGGUCUUCUAGGUGUAAUUAAAUUGUAAGAAUAGUUUAUAAGUUGAGAAAAAAAUGGGGUUCAACAAACGCCAUGAUAAAAUGAAAGUAACGAUACAUAUCGAUGAUUGCCUGAUUAAGGUUGAAGAUUAAACCAUUAACUAGAGUAUAUUAAGGUUAUACAUUUUUUUUUUCACUCGUCGGUCUCGUAUUCGAGACAUGACAUCGCAAAAUAGAACAUAUCAUUUUAAUGAAUAUUGAAGUAAAUGUUGAAAAAUCGUGAUCGGAGCCAAAGAUAUAUCCAAAAGUGAAUAAUAAUCCGGGGUGAAAUGCCGACAGGUAUUUAAUGAAUAAUUAAUUAGGAAUCAUUUUCCAUUGAAAUAUUUAAAAUUGAAAGCUUUUGCGAUGCUUUAGGCACACUCAGUGUUUAAAAAAAAUUUACAAAGAUUGUGAAUUCUGAAUCGUGCAAUGUUAUUGCCCUUCGUCAUUCCUCUUAGAGAAAUUUAAUGAUAAUUGAGUAAUUAUGAUGGAUCACAGCUUUUUUCGAGUAUUAAAAAUAUUUAUUCAGUUAUUUUGUCAUUUUUUUACUCAAUUUCUUGUCGAUAAAAAUCGUAUUUUUACCGUGUCGUCCGAAAAAGUCACUUUUGCGUCCUUCGCAUGUGUAACAAUUGACUUUCCCUCUCGAUAAGGUCAGAUAACAUGUUUGAAUUUCCCGGGAAUCAAAGACUACUUUUCUGCACUUGUUAUAAAACGUAGUCAUUUAUUUACGAGUGCGAAAAAUUAUAUUUUUCUGUUUAGGUUCGUAGCAGCAUUUUGAAAGGGCUUUUAGGUGGUAAAAUUGUUUACAAAAUAUUUUCUAUACCUGAAAAAAGUGAUGAUCCCUUUGAUACUUCAGCGCAUCUGCUUUAUCGUCUUGAGGACGUUCACGGAGUUGUUCAUUAAUCAUGAGAUAAAUUAUAAUGUACAAUGAAAAAUGUUUUUUUUACACUGUUUAAUUAUUCAAAUGUUUGGGGGACAGUUUUAAUGAUUUUUAUAGGUGAUAAUUUUGUGCAUAUCUAGAAUUAGUAAAGUGGCAUCAAACGUUUGAUAGUUCAACACUGAUACAUAUCAUUAGGGGGUAAUUUAAUGAGAAAAAUUGUCGUUUUUUUGCGAUUGAUCGGUGGAAGUAAAACACGGAGAGAAACUUUCAAUUGAAAAUACCAAAUAAAACUGUAAAAAUUACCUUUCCCGGUUUCAGCGUCGAGCAAAGUCAAAGUCAAUGAGAAUUAUGAGUCUGCAAUAAAGUUAACGGUUUCGUGGCAUAAAAUUCCGAUGAUUAAUGGCAAAGGGGGAGGGGGGUGAACCACAAUUUUUUUUAUUGGAAGAAAAUGAAUAAGAAGUGAACAAAUAAUAUCGGAAAUGAAAAAAAAACGGGAGGAAAACUUUUUUGUCUCACCACACGUCAUUUCCCUCCAAUAAAACCUACGAUGAGGUUUUCCCCCUCCACCUACACGGGCCGAAGGUGUCCGAGGUGUCGCGAAGAAGGGCUAACCCGUUCGUUGGUGGAUAUUUCCCGCCAGUUCCGUAAAAAAAUUCGGCGCUCGAGAAUUUUUCUAUUCGGUAGCGCAAGAAUUCUGGAAAUUUCAGUUAAAUUUUUCUGCGUUCAGAAAAAUUAUCUGUUUUUUCCGUAAUUUUUCCGAAGUAGACGAGAAUAUUUACUGACACGUUCAGAAUUAUUCUCUUCAAUUCAUGUAAAAACUCCGGAGAUAUGACUCGCUAACGGAUUACGUGAAUAAUUGGGUAAUUUUAACUGUAAUUUCUCUCCGUGUGGAAUGAUCAAGAGGGAUCUCUGCUCCCCGACCGCAAAAAUAAAUAAAAAUUUUAAUAAACAAUGAAGUAACGAAGUGAAAAACGAAAGAAAGUGCAUAAUGAGUGAAGAAAAACGAUAUUAAUAAUUUAUUACACUUUUACCGUAUAAAAUAGAUAUUUCAUAUACUAAAUAUUAUAUAUACAAAAAUAUAUUAAAGAAGUGGAAGUUUUAUUAAAAUUAUAUUGUAAAGAUAAAUCGAAAUAUGAAGAGAUGAUUGAAUAAAUAAUGAGAUGUCGGUGGAACAGACAGUAUUUUAAGUAUAGGCUAUUUAGUAUCAUUGAAUACAUUGAUAUAUCGAUGAAAAUUAUCAUUUAAUCAAUGCCCCCAGAUCAUAAAGAGUGAAAAAUACAAAAGUAAAAAAAAAUCAGAUAUAAAAAUGCGAAUUGAUUAAUUCGAUUUUUAUUAUUUUUGUAUUCAAGUAAUUAAAUUAAAUCAUUCAUCGGUGAAUGAACAUAAAUUCACUUAAAUUUAUUGAAAUAUAUGUGUAAUUUACGCGUAAUACGAAAUGAAAAAUUUUAAAAGAGUUAAAAUCGCUUUUUAAACUUUGCUCUUGAAUAAUCCACGUAGAAUUAAAGGGGGGGAGGGGGGUACUAACGUAUUAGAGUUUAUGAAAAAUGGAGGAUACGUGGUGACACGUGGCUGAUUUUAAUCAUGUAAUUCCCGUACAGUUUUUAUCGCAUUUUAGGAAUUUUGAUGAAAAUCCCGUUUUUAUCGACGAACUUUAUUCAAUUUAUUUUUUUUUUAAUCUGAAUUACAAUUUUAGAUGAUCACAUUCGUAUGUAAAGUGAGAUUAUCAGUCGUUGAUGUGCGUGUACACAUUGAAUCAUUGUUGUGAUUUAAAAAAUGAAAACAAAGCAAAAAUUAACAAAAUGAAAAUUAUGAAUAAAAAAAAUUAUUUAAAGCAGAAAAA